AUGCAGUCUCCAAACGGCAAUAAUUGCUCAAUCAAUCCGGCGACCCCGGUACGAUCGACUUCCAGCACGGCCCCUCCUAGCAAACGCCGCUCCGUCCGCCGUCCCAACGACGAUCUCGAGCUCAUGCUUCAGCACGAAAACUUUCCUCAUCUCUUGAAUUUGGCACACAAAAUCAAGACCGCGCAUGUUCGAAUUCAAAGCGUGACCACCGGCUUUGAGCCUUCCCAAGCGCUAGCCAAAUAUAGUUUGGCCCCAUCGGAAGUCAUGGAAGCCGUUACACGACUACAGAAUCAAUUCGUCUCCAGCGAAACCUCGCGUGAGACGAUUCGGCCUGGAGUUUAUCCCAUGACUGAUAUUCUCGUCAUGGAUUCCAUAGAAACCUUGCAGCGUGAGUGGGAGCACUGCCAGAAAUGGCUGGAAGCGUCGGAAAGUACUCGCCUUGACAAGGAUCCCACUGCCGAGCCUGCUGUAUCUGAGCCUCCGACCCUUCCAAAGAAACGAAAAGCUUCUGGCGCCAACAGCGGUAGCAAAAAGGAAGCUAUUGCGGUGAAGUACUCCAAAUGGCAGACAGAUAUUCUCAUGAACUGGAUGAUCCAACACGUCGAUGAACCCUUUCCGAAACAAGGCGAGAUUCAUCAGUUGAUGGACAUGACCGGGCUCACGCAAUCACAGGUCAUCAACUGGACAACAAAUGUUCGCAAGCGCAACCGCAAGGCCACAUGCCAAAACGGAAAGAAGCCCCACCACUUUAUCGACUUUGUAUUCCUGGCACACGAUCGCGAACGAAGAGCACGCAAGGCGUCUUCCAUUGCGACGGCCCACCCAUUAAUGACUGGUUUGGACUCUUUUCAGAAUGCCCCCAGGGAGAACAUAUUGGCGGUCCCGCCAUCACCGAGUGCAUGCGCUGUUCCUACCCGGCAAGCGGCCAGUUCGUACUCGUACCCUUCUCCUCCUUCCUAUCCACAGCCAACGUACAAUCAUACAAGUCUAAGCUACUUUGCCAACCAAACGCCAGAUUUCAAGUGCGUGCACACGGUGCCGUUUUCACCAGGUACAAUGGCAUCUUCACCUCCGCGUUGCGCGGAAGACUCGGCAAUUCAGGAACAUAGCCAGACACUCAUGCAAGAAGAAAUGUGGGAGAUACACGAUGAUUUUGAUCCUGUACCAAUGGAAGAAGAAUCAGACGAAUUCAUAAUGGAAGAAUUUGCCAAAUCUUGGUUGUUUGAAAACCCGAUGGACGUGAACGAUCCGGACUCCUUGACAGUGCAGCAAGCUCCCUGCAGCACAAUGCCUCGUCUGAACGACCUGGGUUUGCUGCCCAGUGUUACUGAGGACAGUCACGAAAAAUUACACCGUAACCGAACAGCUAGUUUUGAUCUCGGAGAACUGGAGGACGAAGACAUUGACGCCUGGGCCGCCGACAUGGGACUGACGAUUGAAAUUCAGUAGCCGCGCGGGUCUAUCAUGUGAGGGUCACAUGAUGGAACUAGGUUGUACAUUCGAAACGCGACAUAAAUCUUUAGCUUAAACAACGUAAAUGAAACC